GAGCAGCGAUAUGGCAGCCUUCAUAAGUUCUGCGAAAUCUUUUCGCCCAGUGUUAUUAAAGUUGUUUUCGUUAAAGUUUGGAAAUGUCCACCACACAAGGACGAUAUCGGCAUUGGUGCAGCUGUCAGAAACGCACGAGAUGUUACGGAAAACCUGCCGUGACUUUGCACAGAACGAACUGAAGCCGAUAGCUGCUCAAAUCGACCGGGACCACCAGUACCCGAAAGAACAGGUGCGUAAGAUGGGAGAGCUCGGACUGUUGGCGAUCGACGUUCCGGAGGAAGAUGGCGGUACGGGACUCGACUACCUCGCAUAUGCCAUCGCCAUGGAGGAGAUCAGUCGUGGAUGCGCAUCUGCCGGUGUUAUCAUGAGUGUGAUGAAUUCACUUUACCUGGGACCGAUCAAGAAGCAUGCAAAUCCAGCACAAAAGGAACAGUUUCUGAGGCCGUUCGUUGGCGGAGAGAGGGUCGGAUGUUUUGCCCUGAGUGAACCAGGAAACGGCAGCGAUGCUGGUGCAGCGUCCACCAUGGCUAAGGACAACCCUGACCACUGGCUUCUGAAUGGCUCAAAGGCUUGGAUCACGAACGGAUACGAGGCGGAGGGAGUUGUUCUCUUCGCAACAACCGACAAAGCUCUCAAACACAAGGGUAUAAGUGCGUUUCUGGUUCCGAAACCCAUGGCAGGUCUGUCAGUGGGGAAGAAGGAAGACAAGUUGGGCAUCAGGGCCAGCUCGACCACCACUCUGACGUUCGAGGAUUGCAAGCUGCCGAAAGAGAGCAUCCUCGGUGAACGCGGAAUGGGCUUCAAAAUUGCAAUGGAAACGUUAGAUGCUGGCAGAAUCGGCAUUGCGUCGCAAGCAUUGGGCAUUGCACAGGCUUCCCUCGAUUGUGCUGUUGACUAUGCAGGAACAAGACAGGCCUUUGGAGCUCCGAUUGCCAAGCUGCAAGCUAUUCAGAUGACAUUAGCGAACAUGGCUGUGGCGCUAGAAUCGGCAAGACUGCUCACUUGGCGUGCAGCUUCUCUGAAGGAUGCUGGGAAGAAAUUUACGAAGGAGGCGGCCAUGGCUAAGCUGGCUGCAUCCGAAGCAGCAACCUUGUGUUCCCACCAGGCUAUUCAGGUGUUGGGCGGGAUGGGUUACGUAACAGAUAUGCCUGCAGAGAGGCACUACCGUGACGCUAGAAUCACGGAGAUCUACGAGGGAACCAGCGAGAUUCAGAGACUUGUCAUAGCCGGUAACCUAUUGAAGGAAUACGGGCAGUGAUGUGUGAACGCCGUGGAAGAUGGCACGUCUAUGUGUAAUUUUGUUAGUAAUUUGGAGUGCGAAUUACUGAGAAAUCAUUUGCCAAAAAUCGUCUAGAGCGACUGGACUAUAUAGCGAAGGCAAAAUAUUUUGAUAGCAGCAGUUUGUCAGACAUCCAUGCUAUGCCUGUAAUGUGUACAUAUGGUUAUUUUGAUUUAAUAUAAUAAAGAGCAUUGAUAAAUAUGUUGAAAUGGA